CCUCACGUGAUGAUAUGUGCCUUAUGAUAGACUUUAUAGGAUUUUAUGUAGGUGACCCAAUGGAUUUUGACUAGCCUAUGUUGAUGCAAGUGCAAAAUGUAGGCCUAUAUAACUAAAGUGGUGAUACAAUGGUUGUAGUUAUAAAUCCGAUAUGCUAUUCUUUUGGCAUAGAAGCGUUUUAAUUGUUUACAAAACAGAUAUAGGAUAUAGAUUUUGUAGGCAUAUAUAGCCUACAAAAUAUACAGUAUAGCCGCAUUUGGUCAAUAAGGGUAAAAACAGGCUAAUUAACUUAGACAACUGUCACCACACUGUUUAAAUAAAGUUUUGCCUUAAAUAUCAAUCGAUGAUCUUUAGAGGUAAGAGUUGCUUAAAAGUUAAAAUAUUUCAUGGGAGGCAAACAGCCUGCUUUGUCUUAGAAGAAAUAAUGUAUCUACAGUCAAAGGAGAAAAUCAACCGGGAAACCAUUACUUAUCCUCAGACAGACAGUUUCUAGAAUAAAACAGUUGGCCUAGCUCAUCUUGAGUCAUCCUCCAGACCUGUAACUCCGGUUGAGCAGGACCUGCAUCCUGCCAAGUGACAAGACACUCAGCUCUACAUAGUAUAGGCCUACAUCACGUUGUAGUAAAACUUCCCCGUAGUUCAGCAGUUAGGUCUUCACUAAAGAGCGUUGAUGCCAAAAUGCUCACAAUAGGCAAAUAACUUAUUGACAUCUUUUAUUGCAGUUCUUUAGAGUGUCUUUUUGAAGACAAAUAUGCAUCUGUUGUGUAAAUAGCUGUGUGUUUAGAUGCAGGCAUUGGCCUGGGGGUCAGGCUGGUGUUUAACGUGUAAGCAAGGUGCGUAGGGGCUUGUGUCCCACACAGCACCCUUCCGCAUCCCAGAAGCAGCAGCACAAGAAGGGCAACAGGAAGAGUAUGGGAACAUGUUAAUGAAAUGCCUGUGAAUGGCUGAAAUGGUGAAAUGGCUUUCUGAAUUACUUCAGGAAAAACCUUCUGCUAUAACUACAUUCAGUUUCAUGAACACACAGUUCGGCACUGUAGACUGAAUGUUAUUCUCUUGCUAGAGAGGACAGUGCUGGUGCUCCACGGAGAGUCCCCGGCCUGCGUUGCCCAGCGUCAGCCGGUGUUGGUGGACGAGGACGAGGCCUGGAGGUCCUUCCUGGAGAAUCCCUUAACUGCCGCGUCCAAAGCCAUGAUGAGCAUCAAUGGGGAUGAAGACAGUGCAGCUGCCCUCAGCCUUCUCUACGACUACUACAAGGUGCCAAAGGAUAAGAUCUCCAAAGCUGUCAAAAUUGAAGCAGAUGGCGCUAGCAAUCUAAUAGAUCUGGUAUCAUUUCAAAAGCCCACCCAGUCCAUGGCCACCCUCAGGACUGUGGCCCUCGGCGGCCUCCCCCACCUCAGCCCUCUCAGCUGGGAGAAAGGCUCGGCCUUCCACCCCUUCGACUCCCCACAUGGGAUCCCGUCCACGUACCUGCUGAGCCAAGAGGGGGCGUCCCAGUCUCUGCCUGUGGGGGACCCUGCUGCCCAGGGCUCCCAGUCAGAGGCCGUGGCGUUCAGCCCCAGCUACAGCCCCCUUGGCCUCCGAGCGCAGGCCCAGACGCCAGACUCCACAUACACAGAGGGACUCGCAGGGGAGAGCCAGGCUGCCUAUCAUUCUGAGGAUCUGCACCCACACAUCUCCUCCGUCUCUCCUGGGGGCUACUCUCACGUCAGCAUGCUGGACAGUCACCAGUUCGAGUACACACUGGAGGCCCCUCGCUCCACGUCACAGAAGACCAGCAGCGGUGUGAUGAGCUACAUCAACAAGGGCCACUUCUACCCCAUCAGCCUCCGCUGUCAGAGCAAGGGCAAGAGCGGGCCCCAGCCCAACACCAUUGUGCGGAGUGUUGUGAUGGUGGUGUUCCAUGACAAGUGUGUGGAGGACCAGCUUAGGUCGUGGAAGUUCUGGCACAGCAGACAGCCCUCAGCGAAACAGCACUGCAUUGACAUCGCUGACUACAAGGAGAGUGUCAGCACUGUGGCCAAUAUUGAAGAGAUUUCCUUCAAUGCUAUUUCCUUUACGUGGAACACCAAGGAUGAGCCAAGAAUCUAUGUGUCCGUUAACUGCCUGAGCACAGACUUCUCCCCCCAGAAGGGAGUGAAGGGCCUCCCCCUCAACCUGCAGAUUGAUACCUACAGCUGCAGUAACCACGGCGACCAGCUCCCGCUGCACCGUGCCUACUGCCAGAUUAAGGUGUUCUGCGACAAGGGGGCUGAGCGCAAGAUCCGCGACGAGGAACGCAAGGUGCUGCGCCGCAAGGGCCGAGGCCAGGACAGCGCCAGCACAAAGACAGGUGGCAAAGGCACCUUGCAACUGAACCCUCUUGACAUCACAGUGUUCAAACCCAUGAGUGACAUGGUGACGAUGCCAGUGCUGUUCAUCCCGGAGGCGCACUUUGCUGCCCAUCAGCAACAUGGAACUCCCGUGGAGGAGGGAGACGAAAGUGUGGCAGCGACGCGGUCGCCCUACUCAGCAGAGGAGUUUGGCUUCACUCCCAGCAAGCGAGCAAGGCGCGACGAACCCGAGAGAGUCCUGCUGUACGUGCGUCAGGAGACAGACGAGGUGUUUGAUGCCGUGUUGCUGCAGACGCCCACUCUGUUCGGCCUGCUGCAAGCAAUUUCAGACAAAUUCGAUCUGCCGGUGGAAAAAGUAUCAAAGGUUUACAAGAAAUGCAAAAAAGGGAUUGUAGUAAACAUGGACGACAACAUAGUGCAGCAGUACUCCAACGAAGACACAUUCCAGAUGGACUUAAAGGAGGACAGGGGCGCAUUCUCCCUGAUGCUGACGGAGAUCUGACCUGCAUGGGGGCCGGGGGCGGGGGGGGGGGGUCAGGGGCUUCAGAGCUAUGGACCAUACUCGAGAGGAAUGGAAACACUAAGUGCCUUGUUUACACUGCAGAGCAGAUGAGUAGCAUUUUUCUGUAUCUGUGUGUGUGUGUGUGUGUGUGUGUGUGUGUGUGUGUGUGUGUGUGCGCGCGUGUGUGCACAUGCGUUUGUGUGCUUGUAUAUGUGUUUGUGUUUUCAUUUUAGGGAGUACAUCUCUGCCAUACGGGCGCAUGUUUUUGUUUAUAUUGACUGUGAUGUAUACUAAUCUGUUUUGACACAGCUGGUAAUGUGACGUCAUUUCAGCUGAGAUGUGUUGAUAGGUCAGAUGAGGCAUUAUAAGUCAGAUCAGCAAUUACAUAUCAUCAUAUGAGAAGUGUGUGCAUAUAGCGUGUUUUAUUGAGGGUAUGUAAUGUUGUACAUUAAGAAAACUAUGGUUCUUUAGCUGUAUAUCCAACACAAUAAGUCUAUAUGAUUUGAUUUGAUUAUAUCAUGUCUGCCUGUCAGAAAUGCGCCAUGAAAUGGGAUCUCUUUGUUGCUCCAUAUAGUUUAUUAUAUGAUGAAAAGUACACACGAUAUUCAGUGUACAAGCACAGGGUUGAUGACCCACAGUAUUUAUGUGGAUGUGCAACUACAGAACUACAUUUUACUGUUAGGAAUAUAUCAGAAUAUCAGUGUAAAUACAUAUGUCAGAAAGUAUUAAAAUAAAGAGGUGAAUGUAUUUAUACUAAGUAUUUAUAUAGUCAUAUUCUGACAGAAUACCUUAUUGGCUUCACAUUAUUAAUGUUUGAGGUAAACAGUCGGUAUUUUAAAGCUACUAGUAUUUAAAGAUUUAGUAUUUAUUUUUUUUCUCUCAACUUUCUUUCAUUUUACCCUAUAAGCCAUGCAUGUUUUUAUACUCUGUCAACAAUAUCUGUAUUUUGAAUUCUGAAGGAAUGACAUCCUUCCACAACUAUGUGCUAGCCCCCUUUCUUUUUGUCUUUUGAUGAAUAAAGGCCAGUUUUGGAGAAGUGUUCUCA